AUGGGUGAUUAUCAAGUAACACAAGUUCAGCAAGAUGCUCUUGGGGCUGUCCAGCUAGAGUUAGGAGGAAAUCCCAACACUCUAGCAUUACGCCGGCCGUUCGACCCUUUGGCCCAUGAUUUGGAAGCUAGUUUCAGAUUGACGCGAUUCGCCGAUUUGAAGGGCCGUGGAUGCAAAGUACCCCAAGAAGUACUUAAUAAACUUGUAGAGGGACUCCAGCAGGAUUAUAAUUCUGCAGAACAUGAACAUGCUCACUUUAUGCAUAUGGCAAUUCCGCGAAUUGGAAUCGGCCUUGAUUGUUCGGUUACACCCCUUCGCCACGGAGGACUUUGUUUGGUACAAACCACUGACUUCUUCUAUCCAUUGGUGGAUGACCCAUACAUGAUGGGAAAAAUUGCUUGUGCUAAUGUUUUAAGUGAUCUUUAUGCCAUGGGAGUCACUGAAUGUGAUAAUAUGCUUAUGUUACUGGGAGUUAGCACCAAAAUGACAGAAAAAGAAAGAGAUGUUGUUAUUCCUCUAAUUAUGAGAGGAUUUAAAGACUCAGCUCUUGAAGCAGGCACAACUGUCACUGGAGGUCAGACUGUUGUUAAUCCAUGGUGUACUAUUGGUGGAGUGGCAACUACUGUUUGCCAGCCAAAUGAAUACAUUGUUCCAGAUAAUGCAGUAGUUGGAGAUGUCUUGGUCUUAACAAAACCUUUAGGGACACAAGUGGCAGUCAACGCCCAUCAAUGGUUGGAUCAGCCAGAACGUUGGAAUAGAAUAAAAUUAGUUGUUAGUGAAGAAGAUGUAAGGAAAGCCUACCACCGUGCUAUGGAUUCUAUGGCUCGCCUCAACCGUAUUGCCAGCAGGUUGAUGCAUAAAUAUAAUGCCCAUGGAGCUACUGAUAUUACAGGUUUUGGUCUACUUGGCCAUGCUCAAACAUUGGCCUCUCACCAGAAAAAUGAAGUAUCUUUUGUCAUUCACAAUUUACCUGUCAUUGCAAAGAUGGCUGCAGUUGCUAAAGCAUGUGGAAAUAUGUUCCAGUUAUUGCAAGGACAUUCCGCUGAAACUUCUGGAGGACUCUUAAUAUGUUUACCACGUGAACAAGCUGCUGCCUAUUGUAAAGAUAUAGAGAAACAAGAAGGUUAUCAAGCAUGGAUUAUUGGUAUUGUUGAGAAAGGCAACAGAACUGCUCGUAUCAUUGAUAAACCUCGAGUUAUCGAGGUUCCAGCUAAAGAGUAG